AGCAACAACAAUUAAAGAGGGAGAGAGAGAGAGAGGGAGAGAGAGCGAGGGAGAGAUGUCCCAAGCAACAACAUUUGAAGACCUGAAAGCUAAAGCUGAGGUGUACUAUGGAGAUGAGAUAUGCAGAGAGAAGUUUAGGCAUCUGUUAACGGAGAUAGGGUUCCCUGAUGGGUUGGUUAUAACUCUUCAAGAGAUAGAGGAAUAUGGUCAUGUGAGGGACACUGGCUUUGUUUGGCUCAAGCACAAGAAGAAGAAUAAGGAGGAGAAGAAGAAGAAUGAGUUCUUCAAGUUUGAUAACAUAUUUAUCUGGCAUGACACAGAAGUCACAGCCUAUUUUGAGCCCAACAAGAUCAAGAAUCUCACUGGUGUUAAGGCAAAGGAUUUCUUGAUUUGGAUUACUUUGAGUGAAAUUUAUGUAAAUGGUGAUCAUGGAGCUGCUUCUCCAUCAUCAAUGAUCACUUUCAGAACUCCAGCUGGGUUGUCGAAGUCAUUUCCUUCGUCUGUCUUUGAGCUUGGGAAUACUCCUCUCAUGGUCCAUAAGGAGAUUGCAGAAGCAAAGGAGGGAGAUUCCUCCAAAAUUGAAAUGUAAACACAACUCAUUUUCAUGUAAACUAAUUUUAUUGGUCACUUAUGACUUGCUAUAUAUAAUUCUCUCUUUCCAUUUCUUUUGUAGUUUUUAG